AUGAACCACAAAAGUUUGCUCCCCAAACAUCUAAAAUUUCUUCCCUUCCUUCACGCUAGGAAAGCAUUGAAUUCUUCUUUCUUUCUCAUCCAUUUUCUAUUUCUUCUUUUUUUAUUUUUGACUUUUUACCGACUUUUCUUUCUUUCUAUUUUCAUUCUUUCUUUCUUUCCUUCUUUCUUUCUUGCAUCUUUCUUUCUUUUUUUAUUAUACUAUCAUUUUCUUUCUUUCUUAGUUUUUUCUUUUUUCUUUCUUUCUUUUUUUUUUUUUUUCUUUUUUUUCCUUUCUUGUAAUUUCAUUUUUCUUUCUUUCUUUCUUCUUUUUUCUUUCAUUUAUAGUAUCAUUCUUUUUUAUUUCUUUUUUAUUUUUCUUUCUUUUCCUUCUUUCUUUCUUUCUUUCUUUUUUCUAGUAUUUCAUUCUUUUUUUCUUCGCCUUUCUUGCAUUUUUUUCUUUCUUUCUUCUUUCCUUCUUUUUUCUUUUUUUUAUAUUUUUCUUUUCUUUCUUCGCCUUUCUUGCAUAAAAGCUAUUUAUCGUUUCUUCUUUUUUUCUCUUUCUUUCUUUCUUUUCAUUCAUUCUUUCUUUCUUCUUUCUUGCAUAAACUAUCAUUAUUAUAGUCUUUCUUUCUUUCUUUCCUUCUUUUUCUUUCUUUUUUCUUUCUUUUUUUUUCUUUCUUUUUUUCUUUUCUUUUUGAACUUUCUUAGCUUAUUUUUAUAUUCUUUCUUUCUUUCUUUCUUUCUUUUUUAUUUUUUUUCUAUAUUUUCUUUUUUUUCUUUUCUUUCUUUCUUUCAUUUUAUAGUCUUUCUUCUUUUUUUUUUUUUUUUUUUCUCUUUUUUUAUUUCUUUCUUUCUUUUCUUUCUUUCUUUUUUUUUCGCCUUUUUCUUGCAUUAUAGUCUUUCUUUUUUCCUUUUUAUCUAUAUUUAUUCUUUCUUUCUUAUAGUCUUUCUUUCUUUCUUUCUUUCUUUCUUUAUUUUUCUUUUUCUAGUAUUUCAUUCUUUCUUUUUCGUUCUUUUUCAUAAGCUAUCAUUAUUUAGUCUUUUUUCUUUUUUCUUUCUUUCUUUCUUUUUUUUUCUUUUUUUUUUUUUCUUUCUUUUUCCUUUCUUCGCUUUCUUUCUUUCUUUUCUUUCUUUUUUCUUUUUUUCUAUCUUUUUCUUUCUUUCUUUCUUUCUUUUCUUUUUUUUUCUUUCUUUUUUUUUUCUAUCUUUCUUUUCUUUCUUUCUUUCUUUUCUUAAUUCUUUUUUCUAUCUUUCUUUUCUUUCCUUCUUUCUUUUCUUUCUUUCUUUUUUUUUCUUUUUUCUAGUAUUUCUUUUCUUUCUUUUUUCUUGCAUAAGCUAUCAUUAUUUUCUUUCUUUUUUUCUUUUCUUUUCUAUUAUUUCUUUCUUUCUUUCUUUUUUCAUUUUUAUAGUCUUUCUUUCUUUCUUUUUUUUCUUUUUUCUAUCUUUCUUUUUUUCUUUCUUUCUUUCUUUCUUUUUUUUCUUAUUUAUUUCUUUCUUUCUUUCUUCUUGCAUAAGCUUCAUUAUUAUAGUCUUUCUUUCUUUUUUCCUUCUUUCUUUCUUUCUUUCCUUCUUUCUUUCUUUUUUUUUAUAUUUCAUUCUUUCUUUCUUUCUUUCUUUCUUUCUUUCUUUUUCUUUUUCUAUCUUUCUUUCUUUCCUUCUUUCUUUCUUUCUUUCUUUUUCUCAUUAUUAUAGUUUUCUUUCUUUUUUCUUUCUUUCUUUCUUUCUUUUUUUUUUUCUUCUUUCAUUCUUUCUUUUCUUGCUUUUUCUAUCAUUUUAUAGUCUUUCUUUCUUUCUUUUUUUUCUUUUUUCUUUCUUUUUUUUAUUUGUUUCUCUUUCUUUUUUUCUUGCAUUAUCAUUAUUAGCUAUUUUUUCUUUCUCUCUUUCUUUCUUUCUUUCUUUCUUUCUUUUUUUCUUUUUUUCUAUAUUUCAUUCUUUCUUUCUUCGCCUUUCUUGCAUAAGCUAUCAUUAUUAUAGUCUUUCUUUCUUUCCUUCUUUCUUUCUUUCUUUCUUUUUCUUUUUUCUUCUUUCUUUCUUUCCUUCUUUCUUUCUUUCUUUCUUUUUUUUUUUUCUAUAUUUCAUUCUUUCUUUCUUCGCCUUUCUUGUUCUUUUUUUCUUUCCUUUUGUUCUUUCUUCUUUUUUUUUUUUUUUCUUUCUUUUCUUUCUUUCCUUUCUUGCAUAUGCUCCUUUUCUGUUGUCUAACUCUUUAUUUUUUCUUUUUUGCCUUUCUCUCAUUCUUUCUAUCUUCACCUUUCUUGAACAAUCUUCCAUUUUCUCUUUUUUUUAUUUUUUUGGCUUGUCUUUCAUUCUUUCGUCCACACUUUCCCUUUUUGUCUUUCUUCCUUCGACUUUCUUGCAUAAUUUUCAUUAUUUUAUUGUUUUUAUUUUUAAUUAUUUACCUUUCUUUCUUUCUUUCAUUCUUCCUUUCUUUCUUUUACCCAUCAUCCUUCUUUCUUUCUUUCUUUCUUUCUAUUUCGCAUCACGCUUUCUUGCUUUCUGCAAGAACAUAUUUUCUUUCCGUUCAUUCAUAUUGAUUCUCUCUUUCUUUUUCUUUCUUCUUUCUUUCUUUCUUUCUUUCUUUCUUUCAUUUUCUUUCUUUCAUUCUUUCUUUCUUUCACCCAUCAUCCUUCUUUCUUUCUUUUUCUCAUCACACUUUCUUGCUUUCUACAAGAACAUAAUUACUUUCCGUUCAUUUAUAUUGAUUCUUUCUUUCUUUCUUUCUUUCUUUCUUUCUUUCUUUCUUUCUUUCUAUUGCCCAUCACUCUUUCUUGCUUUCUGCAAGAACAUAUUUUCUUUCCGUUCAUUCAUCUUGAUUCUUUCUUUAUUCCUUUCUUUCUUUCUUUCUUUCAUUUUCUUUCUUUCAUUCUUUCUUUCUUUCACCCAUCAUCCUUCUUUCUUUCUUUUUCUCAUCACACUUUCUUGCUUUCUACAAGAACAUAAUUACUUUCCGUUCAUUUAUAUUGAUUCUUUCUUUCUUUCUUUCUUUCUUUCUUUCUUUCUUUCUUUCUUUCUUUCUUUCUUUCUAUUGCCCAUCACUCUUUCUUGCUUUCUACAAGAAUAUAGUUCUUUCCGAUCAUUCAUCUUGAUUCUUUCUUUAUUCCUUUCUUUCUUUUACCCAUCAUCCUUCUUUCUUUCUUUCUUUCUAUUUCGCAUCACGCUUUCUUGCUUUCUGCAAGAACAUAUUUUCUUUCCGUUCAUUCAGAUUGAUUCUCUCUUUCUUUUUCUUUCUUUCUUUCUUUCUUUCUGUCUUUCUUACUUUUUUUUUCUUUCUUUCAUUCUUUCUUUCUUUCUUUCUUUCACCCAUCAUCCUGCUUUCUUUCUUUCUUUCUUCCUUUCUUUUUCUCAUCACACUUUCAUGCUUUCUACAAGAACAUAA